AUGCCGGGAGCGAUUGCUGCACAGGUGGCGUCAGCCACUGGUUUGCCGACGCCUCUGCUCGAGUGGCGUUUCGAUGAUGCCCAAAUCGCGUCCAGCAAUUCCUCGGCGGGCUUAGAUUGGAUCGGGAGCAGCACGGCGCGUGGAUCCGGCUCCGGCAUCUUGCGACUGGGGUCGGAGCCGACGGGACAUCACCUGGAGCUCCUUUCCGUUGACUUUACAUCGUUGUGGGUGGAUGGCAGGGCCGGAGGAGCCAUUAGCUUCGAUGGCUCCGCCUGGGGCUCCCGGCAUCCCAGGGACCUGUUCUCUGCAUCUGCGCUCGGGCUUCCGGUGCAAGAGAUCACUGUGGCGGCAUGGAUCAAUGUCGAUUCCUUUGUGGAUAAAGGGGGCAUCGUUUCCUUUGUGCAGUUCGACAGUGAAGUGUCGGCUGGCUGGUCUCUCUUUGUGUCGUCCGCCGGUCAGGCGCACUUUAUUUUGGCCACAGAGUUCAGUGGCUCUGAUCUUUUCAGGCACGAGGUCAACUGGCUGGCAUCCCCAUCGUUUAGCACGCAAACCUGGCAGCAUGUGGUUGGCACGUACGAUGGCUGCCUAGCACGGCUGUUCUGGGACGGCGUGGAGGUUGACAAUCGUUCGGUGGCCUACCUAAACGGCUAUACUCAAAUGUCCUCCAAGAUGCCAACCACACGCACGGUCGGAUUCGAUACUUGGACUCUGUGCUUUCCGUCGGUGCUUUCGUCGACAACCACAACCAGGUGUACUUCAGGGGACUUUUGGACGAGGUGCAGGUCUAUCCCCGGGCCCUGGUCACAUCGGAGGUACGGCAGCUCUACAUGA